GCUCAAUCGUUUAGGGGUAUUUUUUUUAAAUAAACCAGUCACUAUUUUGACUUGUAAAUGAGUCAGUGCUUGGAGGACAGUCCUCUGUCGGACAAUAGAAUGGAUAUAUCUGAGAACACCACCUCGCAUGAAUCACCACCGGUCGACGAUGACUUCUCCCCAGACAACGAGGACGAUGCGGAUGCGGACGUGCGCCACUGUAAUGAUGAUGCCAGCGACGAACGGGUACUGUUUAUGAGCGAAACGGACAUGGCGCCGAAGCCUGGCAUAGCAUCGCACAGUAGCAUCACUGAGAUGGAUUCUCGUCUCGGUGCUACCACUACUACGACACCCGGAUCGAUCGAAAUUCGCCAACUGCCGACCAACAGUCUCGCCAUUACGACGACGGGGGACGGAGAUGUCGGCAGCCGAGGGCCGUCGCCAUCGCGCAUCGUUACUUCCUCGUCCGGUCUGACGCCGGUGUCCAGCCACCCGUUAAUGAUGUCACCGACGGGCAGCGAGUCGGAUGUGUCGGACAUCGUCGGGCAGCAUCAGCGGCGUUUCGAAAAUGAGGGCAAUGGCGCGAAUCGCAACUACUACCACUAUCCGGAUGUGGUGCCGGUGAGUGAGCAACCCCUGCGCCUAUCGGGCCCCUACUCCGGCCGUAAGCAUGUGGAGAAAAGGAACAGCACCAUCGCGGAUGAGGUUUCAUCCGCUGUGGUGACGCCUUCAAGACUGAAAUCUUCGUCGGUGAAAUCAUCCGUCAAGGCUAGCAAGCGAGCGCAUGGCAAUUCAGUGGUGGCCACAUCAACGCUGGAUGUUAUAAACAAUGCGAUGCACAGUAGCAGCGUGCAGAAGGGCGAGAAGGAGCGACACUCAACGUCCAACCGCACGUCACCAUCGACCCGUGCUGCCUCAGUGCGUCGGCACGAGGAGGACAACGGUUCGGACUUUUUCAGCAGUGACUCGGAACAGGAGGAUGCUUCGCUAUUUCAAGCUGCCGUGACACCGACCUUUCAAUCCGUCGCACUGUUACCGUCCCCACCCGGUCAACCAAUGUCUCCUACGGCUGGCCCGAAAUCCAUUUCUCCCCGCUUGCAUCAACGGCGCAAGGUGCCGCUCCCGAGCGAUCUGCUGGUGGACGAUGCGAGUUCGAUCGAGGACACGCUUUCGAACCAGAGCGUUGAUGAGCUGCAGCAAAAUCUCGUAUCGCUCAGUCCCUCGUCGUCGAUACUGGAUGAUAAUGGGUUCAACGUGGAUAUUGAUGAAGAUUUCCUUGACCUUCCGGGCACACCCAAAGCCGUCCACCGUGGAGAUGGUGCUGAAGGUUGCAGAGCCCCCGGUAGCAGCUCGCCUGCCGCACUGCCCCAGUACACGGCUCGCGAUGAGGCACGUGACAUACGCAACUGGCAGAAGAUCACGCUGCCCGACGGGAAGACGCGCGAGAUCGAUAUGAAGGUGAUCGAACCGUACAAGUGUGUGCUGUCACACGGCGGCUAUCUGCAGGCUGGCGGUCACAAUGCGAUCGUGGUGUUCAGUGCUUGCCAUCUUCCCGAUCGGUCCCGGGCCGAUUACCACUACGUGAUGAACAACCUGUUUCUGUACGUCGUGAAAACGCUCGAACAGCUGGUGACGGAGGACUACGUGUUGAUAUACCUGCACGGCGGAUCCAGCCGUGGAAACGUUCCGCCCUUUCCGUGGUUGAAAAAGUGUUAUCAGUUGCUCGAUCGUCGGUUGAGGAAAAGCCUACGGAACUUGUACAUGGUGCAUCCUACUUUUUGGCUCAAGUCAGUGGUCUGGAUGGCAAGACCGUUCAUAAGUUCGAAGUUUUGGCGUAAGCUGGUGUAUGUGACAUCAUUGGAGAGCCUUUAUCAUCUCGUUCCGGUGGAGAAGGCGGCAGUACCCGACAAGGUGAAACUAUACGACUCUCGGUAAGGGAAAUCGACACAUCGACGAGGGGUUGCUGCUUUUCGGUAAACGAUUAUCCUUCCUAUGGUUGACUAAACAUUGACGUAGAUUCUUCCAUUACAAGAAGUUACUUUAAAAUUUUGCCACUGUUCUAGUUUCUGCCAUUCCGCUUUUGCUUAAGUGUGAAACAAAACUCCACAUAAGAUGCAGAUUGCUUUUAUCAAUCAAUAGGCCAUUUCAAUUGGUUUCAUCAUCGCAAGUAUAAUACUGGAUUGCGCCACUUACUUUCUAUACACUGCUGGUGCAUUUCGAUUAGUUGGAAUCCUGUUUUAAUAUUAAUUGCACUCGUUUUAGUGAACAAAUAGUGAAAUAGACGAAUAAUAUCUGAAGAAUAUACAUCAUCAUUAAACCGCUUUUGGCAACGUCUGUCUGGAACGAGUUAGAUUGUAGUGGUAGUUGAAACAAAUCGAAUGAUAAUAAUUGAUUUCUUUGUAAGAAUCCAAUCCAAAGCAAUGCGUAAACAAUAAAAUGCUAUGAUGAGGCGACCUCAUGAAAUUGUUAUCUAUAAAUAUUAUAAUCGCGGCAUCGCAAUUCGAUACAUAGUCUAACGGUUGAUGCAAAAUGAUACGGUAUUUUUCUUAGUUUUAGCGCAGUCGUGAAGGGAUCGAUGGCAUUUUCUACAAGAAGGUUCAAUAGUCGCAAGGUGUUGUAAUGUUUCUGAUGUAAAAGCAGCACAUCAGUGCCGCUGUUUAAUCGAACGAUCGACAGUGGCAAAGAUAGAGAAGAACAGUAAUGAACAGUAACCAGUAAUAGAAUACAGUGUCGAGUAUACAAGUACGCAUUUUGUAAGAUACAUUGGUCCAUAAACAAAAAUCUCCGUUGAUUAGUGCGGUGUUGAGAAUAUCGUCAGUAGAGCGGUCAAAUCGAAUGAAUGUAGUACAAACACACACACACAUACUCUAAGAAAAACGGCUUGUAUCAGAAUACCGACUCCAUUAUGAUGAUCGGAAGGAACAUUAAGCUCUCGUAUAACACGCGAAUUUUUCCUAAGUAAUGUGAUUACAAACCCAUCUGCUGGCAAAAUGGACAAAAGACAGAGACUAUACAUUCUAAAUAUUCAGUGUAUGCGUGAGUAGCAAAGGAAACAUGU